AAAUAAGCAGUCAGGGCACUAACCUGCAGCAAGGGCAACGCGCCCAAGUGUGGAAAACAACAUCGUCGCAGGUCUUGUCUGUGGUAGUGGCGGCCGAGGCGCCUGUCGGUGAUUCGAAAACAGUCGUAAACGAGAUUCGACGUGAGGGUUCAACUGGAAGAAGGGAAAAGAGAAAUGAAGAGGAAAAGCUACAGGAAGUAACAGCGUCGUUGCCCAAGGGGUAGAGGGAGAAAUCAGGAAACGCAGAUUAACUGCUGGUUUGGGCGAAGGCAGGCUGUCUGAAAGGCAAAAUAAGGUACUUGGCGGACGACACACACGCCUGCGUCAAAAGGGCCCGUCUUGGCAAGUAGAAAUGUAUCUUCUUUCUUCACUCAGGACGGAGUACUAUAGGUAAUUACCUGCCCAGCUCUGUCCCUCCAUAAGGUCUAAAGAAGAUGGUGGUGAGAGAGAGGAAGGUACCGUCCGGAGGGAUGAGUAAGGUUGCUCGUUCCCCGUUCCUUUCCUUCUUCCCUCCCGCCGGCUUCCCACCUCGUCUUUUUCUUCCGCUCUGUCUCUCUCUCCUUCUCAGCGUGGUUUCUACCCACCCAAAGCAGCCGUCUCACCCGCCUACUUACGGUUCUAUUGCUACUUUAUGCUUGAUUAAAGCUGGGCAAUUUCAUCACCAGCAACACCCCGGCAACCAUUUGGCAGAUCAGGCACAGCGGAGCACCAGUAUCAACAUGGGCCGUCGCAAGUGGUCGCCAGAUGGUCCCUCCCCAGGCCUCCAGGGGCAGCUAACAAGGCCACCUCCUGCCCUUGAUCCAAUGAACUCAUGUCUUUUACAGAAAGUACGGGGUCCCCUUUGUUCCCCUGCUCCUGCACCGUUACGUCUUACUCGGGCUAGAAUUUUAGCUUUGGAGACGUCCCCGCGGCGCGCGCCCAUCUCACCUCUCAGGCUCUUUCCAUUGGACAGCCUGCAAUUGCGCCUCUGUUUACCGACACCGAACCUCUCGCAGAAUUCCCACCAAGUUUCCCCCCUUUUUCUCUCGUCUAUCGACUUUCGUCAUCCUCCCUUGCUUGACUGCGGAGAAAAUUACGAGCAACAGACACGGCGAUUGGCAGCUGGACACGGAUAUUGGAAUGUCAUUCCAGCCCCCCCAGCUCGAAACAUUCUCCAGAGUCUCCAAUAUCUCCAGAUCCUUUUCCUUCUCCAGCUGCGGAUAUAUCGAUACGGAGUACAACAUCCUGACAGGCUUGCGUCCGAGCUUUACACUACGCCACGUCUCCGUCUUCACUUCCUGUCCCUAAAAAGAAAAGGCCCGCGCAGUUGACAUGUUGACUGAUAUCGUCCGACGCUUCCAAGAUAGUGAGCGGACAUGUCUGGGCCACAGCCAUUGAGAGCAUUUCCAACGCACUGAUUGGUCAUCGUCCCAUCUGCUUCAAUGCUGUGCGGCUCAUAACCUCGUCUUUUCCGUGCACGACCAAUCACCACCUGCUCGACAUCACCAUCAGGCGUAAACUCGUCUCGACCCUCGACAGCACAGGUCCAUGCUUCUAGCAAGCUUUCGCUUUCGAGGACGGCACUUCUAAGGUUCAAGUUGUG